CCUUCAAUCUCUCUGGUUGUCGUUUUGCGCAAUCGUGCGUGGUUCUGUGCCUUCGGUGCACAGGCCACCCGGGUCCUGAGAAAGCGCGGUACUCAGGCAGAGGGCACGUGCCUGGAGUGGAGCCAGGGUGGGAGGCCCGCCCAGAGAGGUGUUGUCCCUGGGGGAGGUGGGGUGCUGCGGCUGCUCCACGGAGGGUCCAUGUGAAGAAAAGUGGCAACAGGAGCCCGGGCCCCAGGUCACCCACUGGAGUCCAGCGUUGAGUCUCACUGGCCUGAGGCUCCCCCAGCACUGUCUGGCCAGUGGCAGAAGGUGAGCCUCUAGGGCCUGACACUGCCUCCAUCUGCCAGAGGGGCUCAGAGAACACAAGAGGCUUUGGGGUCCUUCGCCUAGAGCCCAGAGGUGCAGACAAGCAGGAGCUGGCUGGAGAUGGAGAGCAUGAAGCAUCUGCUUAAGGACCCCCAGAGGGAAAAGCCGGGACCACAGCUGGCCCCAGAGCACAGGCAGCCCUCUCCCUUGCCCAGCCCGACUGCAGUCUGGGGCCAGCCGGGUGUCCAGAGCAGCAGUCAGCAGAGACUGCAGACUCAGGACUGGGUGUGCGAGCCACCACGGAGGAGCAGGCGCCCCAGCCGACACUGGAGCCUUAGCAUCGAAGAGCGCCGGCGUUGGGCCAUGCUGGGCAUCUGGCAGAGGCGUGGGGCCGCGGGGGGCUCUGCCCACUGCCUGGACGUCGCGCAGAUCGUGGCACAGCUAGUGUCCCAGGACGUGGACAAGGACGUACUCAUCCCCCACCCGCGGAGGUCCUUCGAGUCCAACCACGCCUUCCAUGCCUUCCUGGCCCAGAGCGUGCCUUCCUGGCAGAACUCGACUUUGGAGGCCCAGGUUUCGAGUUGGCCGCCCUCCUAAGAGCCACUCAGCUGGUGUCUGUCUUCAGCACCUUUCCUGGAGGGUCCUGGGGGAGGUGGCUGGCCGGAGGGACACUUUAGGCCAUUUUCACAUACCACCCAGGGCCACGACCAACCCACGAAUGAGAAAACUGGCCCAAAAGCACUGUCUGGCUGUCUCUUCCCAGAACACGCACCCCGGAGGCCCUGGAGGCCACCUCCAGGAGGGAUGCCUUGCUCCAGCCCAGCCUGCAAGAGGCCACCUGGGGGCCUGGAGGACAGCGGGGUGGGGGUGGGGGGCUGUGCCAGGAAAGGCCGCCCACACCUGUCAGAGGCCAACAGCUGUGGGCGGCCUGGGAGGGCCUGGUUUAUGACCAGCUUCUUUGCGGGCCUGGGCUCAAGGGGUCUAGGCUGGGGGGCCAGGCCCCCUUGAGGAAUCAGGCGCCUGCUUGAAUGGCUUGGUGAGAUGGUGGGACCAGUAGUCCUUAGGAGGGUGGGGCUUUGAUAUCCUGAGACCUCAGGUCCUGGUGCCUGCCCAGCCCUGGGGUGCCAGUCAGCAUUGGGCCCUGCCUCCAGGAGCCCACACGUAACCCGGGGUGACACUGUGAUGGGGAGCAGCCAGGGGCUGCAGGGCCAAGGAGCCGCUAGACACGGGAAGGCCUCCUGGAGCAGGGAGCCUCCCCACCUCUGCAUGUGAGCGGACUGGCCAGCCCAGAGGCAGCGUGGCGGAGGUCUGGGGUCGCUGUGAGGAGCUGACCCUGCGCCUGCUGUGCUUUUGAGGGGUGGUGAGGCAGGGCUGCAUUUUUGGGGAGACCAAGAUGGAAGGGGAUGGGAAGUGGCAGGGGAGAAAGGGGGUGCUUGCAGGCUCCCAGCCCUCGUGGUGCGAGGACAGCAGCAGGGCAGGCCUUGGUGACUGACUGUUGGGCUGACGGGGCUUCAGUGUGGGCAGCUGGGUACAGGGCGCUCUGGGCAGCAGGAGCUCACCAGCCGCGGGACCGGGGCAAGGGCAGGCGUCAGGCCUGUGCUGGCACCAGCAAACGGGCAGCACUGCCCAGCCCGCUCCUCCCAGAGCCCACUGCUCAGAUGCUGCACCCCUGCCCCCCCCAUGCCCCCACUCCCGCCCUUCCUGACUGCAGGACUCAGGAAGCUAGGUGCCCCCACUCUCUCUGGGGGCCCUGAAAGUAAUUUUGUUCCAGGUCUGUGCAUUUCUCAGGAUCCCUAGCGUGGGUGGAGGGCCAGAGACGGAGACGACGGGUGGGACUAGGGGAGAUGUCCUUAGGGGCGGGGGGGGGGGUUCAGGCAGGGCUUUGUAGCUCCCAAUGAGGAAGUGGGGUGGGUGUCAAGGGCAGGCUGCGUGCUGGGCAGGACGGCCUUCCCCUGCUCAGUCAGCCGUUAGGGCAGGUGACAGGUGCUGUGGAGGCCUCUUGCUGACUGGCCUCAUGGGCUCGUUAGUCACUCGAGGUCCAGGGCUUUGCUGGCUCACCCGGCCAGGAUUCUGGGGUGGCCAGUGCUCUGCCCUCCACGAGGUCCCCCCACCGGGACCAGCUGUCAGGUGGCCCCAGAACCCCCACCACAGUGCCGAGGCCUGGAGCUGGGAGCCUCCUGGGCCGCCUCCCAUGCAGGCGGCCACAGGGCCAACCUGACUCUCGGGAAUGAGCGCCGUCUCCUGGUGGGGACUGGCACGGAGCCUGCGGCCCUCUCCAGCAGAGCACGGUGCGGGGACAGGGGACAGUGCCUGGAGAUGGCUCUGUUGUCACACGAGGUGUUGCUGCCCUAACAGGUCACCACAGACUCAGUGUCUUCAAUUCAUGAACUGUGAAUUCUGGACAGUCCAAAACGUCUCACUGAGCUAGGGUCAGGGUGUGGGCAGGGCUGCCUUCUUUUCUGGGGGCUCCACAGGACAAUCGUUUCUCGCCUUUCCAGCUUCUAGAAGCACCCACACACCUUGGCUCAUGGCCUCUCCUCCAUCUUCUAAGUCACAACGUAGCAUCUAUGAUCCUUUCCAUCAUCACAUCUUGUCUCCGUUCCGCAUCCUCUCCCAUUAGGGACCCUGUGAUUGUCGGGCCCACCCCAUAAAUAACCCCGGGUCCCUUUCGGGUCGCCUGGUUAGCGACCUGCACUGUCCCUUACCAUGUAACCCAGUGCAGUCACAGACAUGUGCACCUUUGGGGAGGCACUCUGCUUUCCACAGGGGCUCCUGGCACCGCGUGAAUAGAGGCCAGGUGUGCUACUCACCAUCCCACAGAGAACAGGACGGUCCCCACAACCAAGAAUGAGCGGGCCUCCAAUGUCAGCAGUGUCCCCCGAGGAGGGUAUAAGGCAGCCCAGGAGCCCAGGUGAGAGUAAGGUCCACCCAGCAGGCAGGGCAGGCAGAAUCAGCGUGGUUAGGAUGUCACUCCUGGCCACCUCUGACAGCGGGUACUGCAGUGCUAUCUCCGUAUCCACUCUAGACUGUUCUUUCACUUCAGAUUCCCGACCAGGUAUGUCUCUCCCCAGCUCUAGGAAGAGCAAUGCACCUCCCCGGGACUCACGGGGACACCCCUGAUUGGAGGGAGGACAUAGUCUCUCGGGUGCAGGCUCUGGGCUGGCCAUGUGGUCCCCUUCAUGCCCUGGCAUCCGUCUGUGCCUCUGCGGCCGGUGUGGAGCAGGGUCUGAGGCUGCUCUAGACACGCCAAGCAGAAAGGGGAGCCCCCUCAGCCCAGCCCCCAGGACCAGUGGGGCACCUGGGAGGUGUAGCUUGCGCUCCGAGGGCCAGUGGACAGCCACUGCCUGGCACUGCCCCCACUGAAAAAAAGGACUUCAUUGGCUUUGCGAGGACACUCACUAUUCCACAAGCCAACAAUAAAGUUUAAAAAGUGUU